CAGCACUCUUGGUUCUUUUGCCCAGAACAAAGAAGGCUGGUGCGGAAGUUCGUCUAUCUCCACCCGUGCUUUCUCAUUUCCUUUUUCUUACAGGAACUGACUGGUUGCCAUGUAACUUCCUGAGACUAACCCCAGGAGGCUGAGACGGUAUUUGUAAGCUCAAGUAUCUCUAUUGAGUGUCGCCGGCUUUAGCCAUGUCUGUGGCCGGUCUUAAGAAACAGUUCUACAAGGCCAGUCAGCUGGUAAGUGAAAAAGUGGGAGGAGCGGAAGGGACAAAAUUGGACGAUGACUUUAAAGAAAUGGAGAAGAAAGUGGAUAUCACCAGUAAGGCUGUGGUUGAAGUUCUGACGAAGACCACUGAAUAUCUACAGCCAAACCCAGCAUCUCGUGCCAAGUUGUCUAUGCUGAAUACUGUGUCUAAGAUCCGUGGACAAGUAAAGAAUCCGGGAUACCCCCAACCAGAAGGUCUCCUAGGUGAAAGCAUGAUUCGAUAUGGCAAAGAGCUUGGGGAAGAUUCAAACUUUGGGGAAGCCUUACUGGAUGCUGGGGAGUCGAUGAAGAGAUUGGCAGAGGUGAAAGACUCUUUGGAUAUAGAAGUCAAGCAAAAUUUUCUAGAUCCUCUCCAGAACCUGUGUGACAAAGAUCUUAAGGAAAUUCAGCACCAUCUGAAGAAGCUGGAAGGCAGGCGGUUAGAUUAUGACUAUAAGAAGAAACGCCAGGGAAAGAUCCCUGAUGACGAAGUUAAGCAGGCAAUGGAGAAAUUUAUAGAGUCUAAGGAAGUGGCUGAGACCAGCAUGUUAAAUCUUCUUGACACUGAUGUGGAACAGGUGAGCCAACUCUCGGCAUUGGUGGAAGCCCAGCUGGAUUACCAUAAACAGGCUGUGCAGAUCUUGGAUGAACUGUCUGAUAAGCUUAAGGAUAGAGUGCAAGAAGCCUCUUCUCAGCCGAAGAGGGAAUUCAGACCUAAGCCACGAGAAAGUUAUGAAUUCUAUGAAGGUGAACAUUCUAAUGGCGGUUUUCCUUGCAACCCUGUCUCCAAACCUCCAGCAUCCUCCUCCUCAUUCCGUUCUGACAAGCCUGCCAGGUCCUCCAGUAACCGCAGCUCCACCCCAUUGGAUCAGCCAUGCUGUAAAGCGCUGUAUGAUUUUGAACCAGAAAACGAUGGGGAGCUUGGAUUCCGAGAGGGUGAUAUCAUCACUCUGACUAAUCAGAUUGAUGAGAACUGGUACGAAGGAAUGAUUAACGGCCAAUCUGGAUUUUUUCCUCUCAACUAUGUAGAAGUCAUGGUCCCAUUACCGCAAUGAGGGUUACACUCAUAGUUGAUAAAAAUGAUCCGACCAUCUUGCAAACACAAAGGACCAAAAUCUUGAGACUAUCUUCUUCAGUCUUGGGCAAACAUGUUGAAGACCACAGUUUUUUUAUUAUUAUACAUAAGAAACUACAGAACAAUAGCUGUUGUAUAAACCGAUCUCCGUCCUUUUCUCUUCUUCCCUUUUUUCAAUUCUUUUGUUACAUGCCCCGUUUUCCAAUGCAUGUGAAUUAUGAAAUAACACUAAUUUUUAUAUCUAUGGAUAUAUAGAUUUUAUAUAUAUAAUAUAUAUAUAAAAUCUUUUCGCCCAGGACAGUGUUAUUCUAGUGGUUCUCUUCUGGGUUUAUCUGGUCCUGGUGUUAAUAAACUCAUAUCCAGUGUAUAUACAUAUAUAUAUAAAAGUAUAACCUUUUAUAUGCUUUAUUACCCAUUUCUUAUAGUUGUUACAUUGUAUCAGUUUAACUGUAAAGAACAUUAACUUUUUAACAUUUUCUGCUCCCAGCUGCAGAGAUUUAGUAGACUACAAAAAAAAGUGAUCUUUCUCCAUUCUAUAUAUAAACCUGGCUGGGCCAGUGUUAAAGUAGCAAUGCCAAAACAAAAAGCCUGUUUGUAUUUUGUGGAGUAGACUGUUCCAUCUAAAGGAUAACAGACUUGUGAAUGAUGGUAAGAGAUCACUAUAAAUAAAAAUUGUCAUUGCUUGAACGUUAGAAGGCAAGUAAACUUUGGAUACAAAGGGCUCACGUCACACACUGCCUUGUUGUGUAGUGUGACAUCACAAUAUAAACACUAUUUCAGCAGGAUAUCACAAAGGUAUAUAUGUGAGAAUCUAUUCUUGGGAAGCUGCAUAACUCCACAAUUAAGUGCCACUACCAAGAAAAAUAUAUACUACUUAUAAUCUUUUGAAAUAAAAAAAAAAAAUCCAAAA